AUGCGCGAGAUUGUGUUUGUUCAGGCUGGUCAGUGUGGGAACCAGAUAGGUGCUAAGUUCUGGGAAGUAAUAUCGGACGAGCACGGUAUUGACCCUACAGGAACAUACCACGGUGAUUCUGAUCUACAAAUUGAAAACAUAAAUGUUUAUUUUAAUGAGGUCAGUGGAGGAAAGUAUGUUUCUCGUGCUGUCUUGGUUGAUCUGGAACCCGGUACGAUGGAUAGUGUCCGUGCAGGUCCUUUUAGUCAACUUUUUCGUCCAGACAACUUUGUAUUUGGACAAAGUGGUGCAGGAAACAACUGGGCUAAAGGUCAUUAUACUGAAGGUGCUGAACUUGUGGAUUCAGUAUUAGAUGUGAUGCGUAAGGAGGCAGAGAACACGGAUUCUCUUCAAGGUUUUCAAUUGACUCAUUCACUUGGUGGUGGAACUGGUUCAGGUUUGGGAACACUGUUGAUUUCGAAAAUUCGUGAAGAGUAUCCUGAUCGAAUAAUGAACACAUUUUCAGUUGUUCCGUCACCAAAGGUCUCAGAUACUGUUGUCGAGCCAUACAAUGCUACACUCUCAGUACAUCAACUUGUUGAGAACACUGAUGAGACGUUCUGCAUCGACAACGAAGCACUCUAUGACAUCUGUUUCAGAACACUGAAGUUAACCAAUCCCACUUAUGGAGAUCUCAAUCAUUUGGUCAGUGCAACCAUGUCUGGGGUGACCACCUGUCUCAGAUUCCCUGGACAAUUGAAUGCUGAUUUACGAAAACUGGCAGUGAAUAUGGUCCCAUUCCCUCGACUUCAUUUCUUCAUGCCGGGAUUCGCUCCACUGACAAGUCGUGGCUGUCAACAGUACCGAUCAUUAACUGUGCCUGAACUGACACAGCAAAUGUUCGAUGCGAAGAAUAUGAUGGCUGCUUGUGAUCCUCGUCAUGGUCGUUAUUUGACAGUGGCGGCGAUCUUCCGUGGUCGUAUGUCUAUGAAGGAGGUGGAUGAGCAGAUGUUGAAUGUGCAGAAUAAGAAUUCGAGUUAUUUUGUCGAGUGGAUUUCGAAUAAUGUGAAGACGGCGGUAUGUGACAUUCCUCCUCGUGGUUUGAAGAUGUCGGUGACUUUUAUCGGUAAUAGUACGGCAAUGCAAGUGAUAUUUAAACGAAUUUGUGAACAGUUCAGUGCUAUGUUCCGUCGUAAAGCGUUUUUACAUUGGUAUACCAGUGAAGGUAUGGAUGAGAUGGAAUUUACUGAGGCUGAAUCAAAUAUGAAUGAUUUGGUAAGUGAAUAUCAGCAGUAUCAAGAUGCCACUGCCAAUGAUGAAGAAAACGUUUUUCGUGUUGGGAGUCGAGACGUCUAG